AUGUCCGCCACAAAGACAAAAGUCCAGUCCAUCAUCGACGAGAACCCCGUCGCCGUCUUCUCCAAGUCGUACUGCCCCUACUGCCGCCAGGCCAAGCAGCUGCUGAGCGACAAGGGCGCAAAGUUCUACGCUAUUGAGCUGGACCAAGUCGAUGAUGGCUCAGCCAUCCAGUCUGCGCUCGCCGACCUGACCGGCCAGUCUACCGUGCCCAACAUCUUCAUCGCGAAGCAGCACAUCGGCGGCAACUCGGACCUCCAAGCAAAGAAGGGCGAGUUGGUCAACCUGCUUAAGGACGCUGGUGCUGUUUGA